UGACAAAAUAAAAGCUCUUCACCUCUUUCCUGUCACAAUAAGAGUUUUCACUUUGAAAAGACUUUAGUUUGAUAGUAACUAUUGUUGGUUUGUUUCAGACAUGUCCUCCACCAGUGAAAGGAGCUCUGAGGAGACGUUCCUAUGCUCCAUCUGUCUGGAGGUGUUCUCUGAGCCAGUGUCCACUCCAUGUGGACACAACUUCUGCCGACGCUGCAUCUCUCAGGUCUGGGACACUGAUGGGCCCUGCACAUGUCCUCUGUGUAAAGAGGUGUUCCACAGCAGACCACAGCUCAAGGUCAACACGCUCCUGAAGGAGGUGGUCUCAGGGUGUAACCUGGAGAAGAACAAGAGCAGCUCUAUGGAGGAGAUGCCCAACUUUAAAGAGGUCCAGUGUGACGUGUGCUCUGAGCCCAAGCUGAAGGCCCUCAAGUCCUGCCUGGUGUGUCUGUCCUCCUUCUGUGAGAGCCACCUCCAGCCUCAUCUCACAGUCUCUGGGCUGAAAAGACACCAGCUGGUGGAGCCUGUGGAGAACCUGGAAGACAGGAUGUGUCCCACACACCAGCGCCCCCUGGAGCUCUUCUGUGCCACUGAUGAGAAGAGCAUUUGUGUGAUGUGCUCUCUUCUAGAGCACAAGAACCAUGAGUUUUUGUCUCUGGAGGAGGCGUGUGAGCGCAGGAGGUCCUCUCUGCUGCAGACUCAGAGCCAGCACAUGGUGGAGCAGAGGAGGCAGAAGAUCCAGGAGAUCCAGAGCCUCCUGGAGCUGAGUGAGACAGAGGCCCUCAGAGAGAGGGCUGUGGGGCUGCAGGCCUUCACUGCUCUCAUGCAGUCUGUUCAGAGGCGUAUGGACCUCUUCUUAGAGGAGCUCCAGGAGAAGCAGAGCCGGAGCCACAGACGAGCCCAGGAUCUGGUGCGGCGGCUGGAGCAGGAGAUCUGUGAUCUGGAGCAGAGCGGCGCUGAGGCCGAACGUCUCUCACGCUCUCAUGACCCCCUCCACUUUCUACAGCGCUGCCCUGCACUCACGCCCCCUGCUGGGCUUAAGGAGUGGAGCAGCGUGAGCUUUGAGCCGGAGACGUGUGAGGGCAGUGUGACCCGAGCUCUGUCUGAGCUGGAGAACAGUCUCUCUCAGGAGUUUAACAAACACUUUAAAGAACUGGCCUCAGAGUUUAACAAAGCCGAGCUGAGGAGAGUGCAGCAGUGUGCGGUGGAGGUGACUCUGGAUCCAGACACGGCUCAUCCUACUCUCGCUCUGUCUGAAGAUCUUAAACAGGUUCAUCACACUGAUGUGAAGAAGAAGCUCCCAGACUCUCCUCUGAGGUUUGAUGAAUGUGUUAAUGUUUUAGGAAAACAGAGUUUCUCUUCAGGCAGGUUUUACUUUGAGGUUCAGGUCAAAGGGAAAACAGAGUGGGAUUUAGGAGUGGCCCAAGAGUCCAUCAACAGGAAGGGACAGAUCAAUCUAGCACCUGAACAUGGACAGUGGUGCAUCGUCUUAAUAAAAAAAAAUGAGUACUACGCUUGUUCUUCGCCUCCUGUCCCUCUGUCUCCUCAGAGAGCUCCUCAGAAGGUGGGGGUGUUUGUGGACUAUGGAAAGGGUCUGGUCUCCUUUUAUGAUGCACAUUCUGCAGAUCUCCUCUUCUCCUUCACAAACUGCUGCUUCAGGGAGAAACUGUUUCCAUUUUUCAGUCCCAGUUUAAAUUACGGAGGAUCAAACUCUGCUCCUCUGGCCCUCACUGCAGUGGAGACUUUGAGCAGUGACAAAGUACUAAAGUAAAAGUACUGCACUUAAAGAGGAGUAUUACACUUCUAUGGAGUAUUAACUGUUAACCAGUGGAGGAAGA